CAUUCUCAUCCAACGAGUACUCCAUUUCCUACAUCAAAAUCAACAUCAAGCAGAAUACCAUUCAAAAUCACUCACUCGUCUCUUGUUUCAAGGAAAUUUUCAAUAUGGGAAUCCGUUUGCCAUCAGUACUUCUCAAUGCCAAGCAGAUUCUGAAAAUUCAAGCUAUGUCUGCCAAAAAUCAUUCUGACGUUCCCAAAGGCCACAUUGCAGUCUACGUGGGAGAGAUCCAAAGAAAGAGAUUUGUAGUUCCUAUAUCAUACUUGAAGCAUCCUUCUUUCCAAGAUCUGCUAAAUAGAUCAGAAGAAGAGUUUGGAUUUUGCCAUCCAAUGGGCGGCUUGACGAUUCCGUGCAGAGAAGAUGCCUUCGUAAAUCUCACUUCUAGGUUGCACAGAUCAUGAAAGUUGAAUAUACAAAAAGACAGCAUUCUUUAACACAGUUUUGCCACCUCCAAUUCUAGGAAGUAAAGUAGGAUGAUACUGUAUAGUAACUUGGUUUGAGCAAUGAAAGUAAAUUUUUUCUCAUA